AUGGGGGUGACUAAAAUACUGGCCAAAAUAUCACUGCCCCACGAGUCGCGAUGGAUCAACGACGAUAUCCGCCCUGUAGAUGCAGAACGCCGGACGUGGGGGUUUUUGACGUUCCAUAACUUUUGGCUCUUGAUCAACUGCAAUAUAUCCAGCUACCUCACCGGCAGCUCACUGAUACCGCUCGGCCUGACUUGGUGGCAAGCUUUCAUCGCAAUCGUGAUUGGAAAUAUCCUGGCAACUUUGGCUCUGAUCGCUAGCUCGCUGGCGGGUGCAUACUACCACAUCGGCUUCCCAGUCUUCAGCCGCGCAGUCUGGGGCCUCUGGGGCUCGCAAUUCGUCAUCUGGAACCGCAUCUUCUUAGGCAUCGUAUGGUACGGCUUCCAAUCCUGGGUGGGCGGGCAAUGCAUCUACCUGAUCCUGCUUUCAUGGGACCCAACCUUCGCAACCGACAUCCCCAACACCAUCCCCUCCACCACCGGCACCACAACCGCCGAAUUCCUCUGCUACAUCAUCUUCUGCAUGCUCAGUCUCCCGGCACUCUGGAUCCGCCCGCACCGGAUCCAAUCCUUCUUCUACAUCUCCAGCACCAUCACAAUCAUCUUCUUCCUCGUCGUCCUGACCUGGUCCCUAACAACCAUGGGCCCCGCCGGCUUCGGCGCCACACUGUCCAGCAGCACCUCGAUCCCGCCAACCGGCGGCCCAAACAGCACAGCCUGGCUCAUGCUCUACGGCACAAUGAGCACAAUCGGCUCCAUCGCCGCCGGCAUCCUCAACCAAAACGACUACGCGCGUCUGUCGGCGCACCCCCGCGACGCAAUCUGGGGCCAGGCACUCGCGUUCCCGUUCUACGGCGUCGUCGGCGCGACGAUUGGGAUUUUGGUCACGGCCGCAACGCAGAUUCGGCUGGGUGGUGAGGCGGUUUGGAAUCCGCCGACCCUGUUUGUGGCCCUGCUGCGGGGGGAUACGACGUCUGGGACGCGCGCUGCGGUCUUCUUUGCGGGUCUGGCGUUGUCGGUUUCGCAGCUUGGUACGAAUCUACCGGGGAAUGCGUUGCCGGGGGGUUUGGAUCUGGCGUCUGUGUUUCCGGGGUACGUUAAUAUAAGACGGGGGGCGUAUGUUAUUGCGCUUGUUAGUCCGGUUGUUAAUCCGUGGCGGCUUGUUAAUACGGCCACGACGUUUUUGACGGUUCUUUCGGGGUAUGGUGUCUUUCUAGCGCCUAUGACGGGUCUCAUGGCAGCGCAUUAUCUGGUUGUUUGUCGACAGAAGGUCAAUGUUGAUGAUCUAUUCACUGGUGACAAGAGCAGUAUAUACUGGUAUACAGGCGGUAUCAACUGGCGAGCACCGAUUGCAUGGAUCAUCGGCGUCGUCCCAACAAUGCCGGGCUUCGUUGCGGCCGUGAACACAUCAAUCCAUGUCUCCGACGAAGCAACAGAGAUAUACUACAUCAACUAUCUCUACGGGUUCUUGGUUAGUGCUGCGGUGCAUGCGUUCUUGCACUGGGCCGUUCCAGAUAGUAAGCUUGAUGCGUUUGUUAAGGGUGAUAUGUCUGCGAGGGAGGUCCAGGCGCUGUAUCAGGAGCGGUGGGAGGUUUUUGGGCAGCAGGGGCGGGUUGCUGGUGAGGUUCAUGUGGUGAAGGGGGUCUGA